AUGGGAGCAAGCAGCGACCCUAAUCAAGACGGCGGCUCCGAUGAGCAGCAGAAGCGAUCCGAGAUCUACACCUAUGACGCUCCCUGGCACAUCUACGCAAUGAACUGGAGCGUCCGCCGCGACAAGAAGUACCGGCUCGCCAUAGCCAGCCUCAUGGAGCAGUACCAGAACCGCGUUGAGAUUGUUCAGCUCGACGAUUCCAACGGCGAGAUCCGCUGCGACCAAAACCUCUCCUUCGAGCACCCUUUCCCUCCGACGAAGACCAUGUUCAUCCCUGACAAGGACUGCCAGAAGCCGGACCUCCUGGCCACCUCCAGCGACUUCCUCCGCGUCUGGCGAAUCUCCGACGACCGGGUGGAGCUCAAGAGCCUCCUCAACGGCAACAAGAACAGCGAGUAUUGCGGCCCUCUCACCUCCUUUGACUGGAACGAGGCCGAGCCCAAGCGAAUUGGCACCUCCAGCAUCGACACCACCUGCACCAUCUGGGACAUAGAGCGCGAAACAGUCGACACCCAGCUCAUCGCCCACGAUAAGGAGGUCUACGACAUCGCCUGGGGCGGCGUCGGCGUCUUCGCCUCCGUCUCCGCGGAUGGCUCCGUUAGGGUCUUCGAUUUGCGGGACAAGGAGCACUCCACCAUUAUCUACGAGAGCUCUGAGCCUGAUACCCCCUUGGUCCGCCUGGGAUGGAACAAACAGGACCCCAGGUACAUGGCCACCAUCAUCAUGGACAGUGCCAAGGUUGUCGUCCUCGACAUCCGCUUCCCUACCCUACCCGUGGUUGAGUUGCAGCGGCACCAUGCCAGCGUCAACGCUAUCGCCUGGGCACCUCAUAGCUCUUGCCACAUUUGCACCGCUGGAGACGAUUCCCAGGCCUUGAUUUGGGAUCUCUCCUCCAUGGGCCAGCCUGUUGAGGGCGGACUCGAUCCCAUUCUUGCUUAUACAGCGGGCGCCGAAAUUGAGCAGCUGCAGUGGUCCUCUUCCCAGCCUGAUUGGGUUGCUAUUGCCUUCUCUACCAAGCUCCAGAUUCUCAGGGUCUGA